AUGUCCGACAUCGACCAGUCCGGACCACAGCAGAAGCAGGGAAUCAAGAGGGCCAUCCCCGCCGCGAGAUCGAACAUGCCAGGCCAGAAGAGGGACUUCAGGGGCGAUGCCAAGAGCAGCGGCCCCAGGGCUCCCCUCGUGCGAAAUGAGUACACGCCCAUGUUUGAGGGCUUCCGUGACGAGCUCGAUGAGCACCACGAACGCAGGGAGAGGAUCGUCAAGGCCUCCAGGGACAUCACCGCCUUGAGCAAGAAGAUAAUCCGCAGGAUACAGCCGGAGCUGCCUGAUCACAUCGAGAAAGACAUCCAGUCCCGCCUGGGCGACAUCUCCAGGCUCCUCGCCGCCGUCGCCCCAGACGUCCAGGGCAUCAACCGAUACCGCUACUCGCGCAGCAUGAUGUGCAUCGAGGAGCUGAUCGAGGCCCUGACCUUUGCCCACUACCUCCGCUCCCAACGCCUCAUGGGCUUCAGCGAGGCCGUGGCCAAGGUCGCUGAGCUCUCGGGCCACCCCGACGACCAGAUGGAUGUCGACGCACAAGACCCGCCGGCGCCCGCAGCCACCGACAGCCCGCGGCCUGCAGUCCAAGUCACCGAGGAGGACUACCUCAUGGGCAUCUUCGACCUUUCUGGCGAGAUGAUGCGCUUUGCAACCACUAGCGCCGCCCUCACCGGCAAGAUGGCCGGCGGCAGUGCCAACCCACCCGUGGACGGCCGUGAGAGGACCGUGGUGAUGGAUAUGCAGGACCUCGGUAGUUUUUUCGAGAUGCUCCCACAGCAGCACAAUAAGAGCUACCAGGUCAAGCUCAGGACUCUGACGUCUUCGGUGCUCAAGGUGGAGAAGCUCGCAUACGGCUUGACCGUCAGGGGCUCUGAGCGGCCUGGUGGCUGGAUGCCUGAUGAUGCUGAAGACCCACCAGAGGAUGAGUAUUAG